UCACCCGCAGAUAUAUUUAUUGAGAUGGAUGCAAGGUCAACAAAGAAAGGGGUGAACAUAAUCUCCUUCAAACAAAAUGCCUACAUUUGCAUUUAUAAUAUUUUACCAUUGACCAUAUUGUAAUAUCUGUUUACCUGAUUCAGCCAAAUCUCUCUCUUUCCAGUCUCUGACUGCUGCUUUUCUUGAACCAGCCUUCCAUUUGAACCUUUCUCCUUCCUUUACAGUAUCCUCUUCUCUUUGCAAACGUUUCUACAUAGAUAGAAAAUUAAUAACAGGAAUUAGACUUGUCCGAGAAACAACUGCAAAGGUUAGUUUUCUUCAGUGAUGACUAUCAGUUGGCUGCAUGUUAUCCUGGCGGCUGCUUCUGUAGUAAUCCUUGUGCUCCUUUUGCUUCUAAUUCUCCAGCGAUGUUUCCACCCAAAACCACAAAGAAUUUUCGUUGUUUCUGACACAGAAAGAGGCCAGAGUCUGCAGACAGCCAUUUCCAGGCUUCAUCAAGUUCGCCCCCACCAUGAUAACCUUGAUAGAGAUGACUCCAAGAAAACCAAUUUCAGCGUUUCUAGACAUGGGGUAGUUCCGACAGAAGCACCAUUCUUCAGUUGGGCCGACCAUCCUUCUCUUGUCACUGACGCAGUAGAAAAUGGAUGGCCAAGAUUUGCUUUUACAACCUUGUUGUCUUCUCCUUCUGUCAAAUCUGCCAGGUCCCUGGUAGGCGUGUGUGCUGGUGGUAGUGCUCUUCAUGGGAAUGGAAUUAAUGUGGGGAUUGGCUGGGAAGUUUGUGAAGGAUCAGCGGAUUACAUGCAGAAAAUCAGGCUAAAUCCAGGACUAAAGAAGGUGAUCACAACCCUUAAUCCGUCAAUGGGAGCUGUAUCUGUGAUCAGGACGGCUUUGCCUUUGCCAGGCCCACAAUUGGGGAAUGCAUCUUUUCCACAGGAAGCAUAUUUUGAGAUCACGAUAUUGCCUGUUAACGAAGAUAUUAAUGAUCAGUUAACGGUCGAUAAGGCAGAGAAUGCAAAAUCAGAAGGCAAAGAGAUUAGGCUUAUCGGAGAGGAAUACAAUGUGGAAAAUAAUCCAGAAUCAUUGAGGUACGAAACGAGCAGCCACAGUCGGAUGGACAACAUUGAAGAAGUGAAACCUGGUGGAAAACAGGAAGUCGGAAAAUACGAAACUGUUUCCCUGUCUGUGGGGCUGACAGGAGGAGGCCCUCUUCCAUUAAAAUUUCCGGGGAGCUAUCCAGGAUCCAUUGGCUUCAAUUCUAGUGGUUCUGUCUAUCUUAAUGGAACUAAACUUAUGUUGGAAUCAGAAAAGGGCGAAUGGGGAAGAGCAGAAAAGGUGAUCGGGUGCGGCUAUAAUCCAGCACAGAAAAAGGUUUUGUUCACAGUUGAUUCACAGCUAGUGCAUGAAAUCCAUUGCAAGACUGAGGAAUUCGGGUCUCCACUCUAUCCAACACUAGCAGCCAACGCUGAUGUUGUGGUUGUAGUAAAUCUUGGACAAAGCCCUUUCAAAUUUGCGCCUGGAAAUUUGCAAAGAACUCCAAAUCCAUGCUUCAUUAGACCCCAACAGCCAACUUCUCCUGCCUUAGGGUAUGAAGAUAGCAAGGAGCUUUUCUCAAUGGGAAGAAUCGAUUCUCAGUGGCUAAAACGGAGUGGCAGAAUCAGGAGCUGCAAUUAUACAGAGAAUAGUAUUAAGGGUGUGGAAUUUGAGCUGGAGUCUGAAGGUGAUCUAUUUGAAAUUGUCUUGGAUACAACACGGGACGAUCUUCUGAAAAAUUCUAAUUCAGAUCGAAUUUGAUUGGAUCUGAACCAAUUAUAUAGUAAUCACAACACACUUAUCGUGUAAAUUGGUGUACAUUACGAAAAAGGUAACUAU